AUGCUGUUGCAACAACAGCUUCAAAUAAUUAUCAAAAAAAAUGAAACAACAAAUGAUGAUCCAAAUAUUGAUAAAGAAUUUUCGGAAGAUACAGAUUCUAUUGAUAACAACUAUGAAAAUCAACAACAGACUCAGAUUAAUUUUGACGAACCAAGUGCUUUUUGCUAUGAUAUAGAUAGUUCUUCAGGUGAUGAAUUUGAUGCUAAUUUUGAUGAUGAUGAACACAAUGCUGAGAAUUGGGAUACAGAGUUCAAUGAAACUUCAACAUCAACAGGAACAUCAUCACCAUCAUGCAUAUUAACAGAUAUUAAAGAUGGACGAAUUUAUCAAGAUUUUUUGUCUAAAAUGAAUUUAAAUUUACCUGAUUGUCAUUAUAUCACCCUCACAUUGUCGACGGAUGGUGUACAAAUUGGAACAUCCACAGAAAAAAGUCUAUGGCUUAUAACAUUAACAAUUAAUGAAAUACAACAAACAGAGCGAUUUGCGUUACACAAUGUAAUUAUUGGUGGUAUAAAUAGCUGUUUUAAAAAACCAUCACGUGGAAUAAUGAGAAUAAUGAUUGAUCCUAUUGUGAAAGAAUUGAAAGAGCUCGAAAAUCCAAAAUGCUGUUAUAUUAAUUCAUUAAAUGAUGCAUUUGAAAUGUAUUGUGUUCAUUUACUUGGAUCAACAAAUGACAAACCUGCAACGGCUUUAUUACAAAACAUUGCAGAACCUACAGCUGCAUACGGUUGUUCACGCUGCGAAAUUAAAGAAACACAUCGUAUUCGUGUCUUUGUGGUUGAAGAAGAUCAACCCACACCAGAACUUCGUUCAGCUGAACAUUAUCAAAUGGUUAUGAAAAUAAUUCAAAAUCAACAACUAGCUGUAGGAACUGAUGAAGAACAAGAUAUUCGACGAGGUUAUCUGGGCCCGUGUCUACUAACAGAUUUAGCAUUUUUUGAUCAAGGACAAGGUUUUAUGUCGGAUAGUUUACAUACACUUUAUGGCGGAGCUAUGAAAAAAUUAUUAUCAUUAUGGUUCGAUCGUAAAUGGCGUACUAAAGAAAAGCCAUGGACCAUUCAAUCAAAAAUAUCAAACAUCAAUCGAACAUUAAAAUUAUUUUGUUCACCAUCAACAACUGUUCGUAUUCCAAGAGAUUUAAAAUAUUAUGAUCAUUUCAAAUUACUUGUUUUUGCAUUGCAUAUUGGUGAAAAUCGUGAAAUUAAAUACAAAGAUUUAGAAACAAUGCAUUUAUUAUUAAAUGAACAUGUAAAACAAUUCACAUUCUUAUAUGGUGAACGACAUUGUGUUAAGACAAUUCAUUCUAUUAUUCAUUUUGCCGAGACUGUUCGUGAUUAUGGUCCAUUACAAUGUUAUUCAACGUUCAAUUAUGAAUCAAUACUUGGAGCAAUAACAUCAACAAUUCAUGGAAGUCGAAAACAAGAUAAAGAAAUAUUUAAUAAUAUGGAAAUGUUACGACAAUCAUCAUAUUUUGUCUUAGAAGAAUGUCAAGAAUCUUUAUUAUAUGAAUAUAUGUAUAAACUAACUCAAACAGGACGUCGUAAAUCGUUUUGUCCCGGUGAAUUUACAACAAAAAAACCAAUUCAAUUAGAACAAGAUGAAAAAAAUUCUUUACAAAAAUUUUAUUCAACAGAAAAAAUUCAAGUGUAUUCUCGCUGUCAAUAUGAAAGUUUAAAAUAUUCAUCUUACUGGGAACAAUCAAAAUUGGACACAGCUAUUCUAUUUCGCAAGAAGAAUACUAAUGAAUUGAAAUUUGCACUUAUUGACAAAUUUAUUGUUUAUGAACAAUCGCCAAAACAAUUAUUUAUUCAAGUGCACGAGUUAGAAGAUGAAUAUUGUGAUUCUGUAAUUAUAAACAAUAUUACAGUUAAAAAUUCAAAUACAGCUAUUGGACAAAUAAAUUUUACAUCAACAAAACAAAUAUUAUCAACACAAAUUGUUGAAAAAGUUUUUUGUCUUCGUCGAAAAGAAAAUUUUUUGUUCAUCCGUUUACCUAAUGUAACUGAAUCUUCAUAA